CCUAAGCUGAGCAUGCGCAGUGCGGAUCCGAGUCAUGGCGGACGGUAGCAACGCGGUGCAGGCCCGCGCGCUCCUGCAGCAAUGCUUGCACGCUCACCUGCAAGUGCGCCCGGCCGACGGGGACGCCGCGGCGCAGUGGGUGGAGAUCCAGAGAGGAUUAGUGAUCUAUGUGUGCUUCUUCAAGGGAGCGGACAAAGAACUUCUUCCCAAAAUGGUGAAUACGCUGUUAAAUGUGAAAUUAAGUGAAACAGAAACUGGCAAGCACGUCUCCAUCCUGGACCUGCCUGGUGACGUUCUCAUCAUCCCUCAGGCCACCCUCGGAGGCAGAGUGAAGGGAAGAAGCAUGCAGUACCACUCCAACUCCGGGAAGGAGGAAGGCCUAGAGCUGUACUCCCAGUUCGUGGGUCUGUGUGAAAAAGCGCUCGCCGCCAACAGCAAGUGCGCUGAAGCUGGGGUUGUAGUGGCCCACGGCACCUACGGGAACAGGCAGGUGUUGAAGCUGGACACCAAUGGACCGUACACACACCUAAUUGAGUUCUGAAAGAUCCGUUCCACAGCUGCUGCCUGGUAUAAGGGGCCUGAACUCUACUUAGGUUUUCUCCCCUUCAUCUUGAAGACACAGAUCUGUAACAUGUUUACACAAGAAAAUCCUGCAUCCAAGCUGCGUAUAGUGGCACAUUCCUCUCAUCCCAGCGCCUGGGAGGCAGAGACAGGCAGAUUUCUGUCACUUGAGGCCAUCCUGCUCUACAUAGCAAGCUCAAGGACAGCCAAGGCUAUCAAGAGGCCCUGUCUCAAAAAAAGAAAGAAAUUGGGAACAUAAGUGAGUCACUUGUAAAAGGCAACACUGGUUUUUGCAAACUCCUCUACUUGACUUUAAAAUACAUUUUUUAAGAGUAAAAACUAGGUUGUAGCGGUGACUAGUGAGUUCUUGCUGCUCUUCCAGAGGAGCUGGAUUCAGUGCCCAGCAUGGAUGGCUCCUAACAGUCUGUACCUAAAGAUCUAGGGGAUUGGAGAGCUCCCACAUGCACAUAGCAUAUAAAAUUAAUAAAAAUAAAUAUUAAAAAACUUAAAGGUAUUUUUAAAGUGAAAAAUGAAUAUUUCUAAUUACCAGAAUUAGAAGUCUAAGGCAGCUGCUGGAACCUUCCUGGUGUCUCAGACUUUCCUUGGUCUGUUCUGAUACUUUAAAUUCCUAUUGCACACACACCCCAAAAUCCCUUUUUUAUGGCUUUCCUGUACUGUUCUAUUUUGGAACUUAAGAAUCAAUAACUUGAGCUCAUUAUCCUUAACUUUUGUUUUAUUGAUUCACAAUACAGUUGUUGAAAUGUAAUAAACUAUUCAUAAGCUUAGAAACCCCACUUUUCCCUAAAUUUUCUCCAAGGACAUGUGCAUGUCUUUCAAAAAGAUUACAUUAUUUACUUUAAAUCAUUUUGACUUUAUGCCCAGGUAAAAUGCUGACUCACAGCCCUAGAUGGAGUUCAAGCAAUUCUCCAUACAAAAACUGCCUGAGAUGCUUAUGGAGAAAGGUACUCCAAGUUCAUGGAAGGUUGUUAAUUAGAAAGGAUGGCAGAUAGGGGAAAGCAGGAAAAAUAAUAGACUUGGAAAUGACUUCGCCUUAGCUUUUGAUAGUUUUUUUUUUUUCCCCCAAGGGGUUUCAAAAGCCCAUCAGUAUACACAUUUUAUUUUCAUGUCUAUAAUGAAGAUAGCACUGUGGUCAUCCAAUACAGAAGAGUCAUCUCCAUCCUCUAACUUUUAGAGUGGGACUUGUUGCCAGUUCAUUGGUUUAUUUACUAAACUAGGCACAAGUAGAAUUGUCCUUUACGUAGAUGCCUUAUGGCUCAGUUUUCUAAGAUUUUACAAUGUUUCAAACAAUAUACUUCCUAAAUAUUUUUCAAAAGUUGGUUUUAUUUUUUUUAUCUCAAGCAUGUGUGUCUAUCUGUCUGUCUGUCUGUCUGUCUAUAGGUAUGUCCACAUGAGUGCAGGGGCCCUUGGGGAUUAGAUGCUCCCCUGGAGCUGGAGUUACAGGUGGUUGUUCCCGAUGUGGGUGCUAAGAUGAGCAAUGUAUGCUCUUAACUCCUAAGCCAUCUCUCCAAGCACCCCUAAGGGUUUUUUUAACCUUUCAGUUUAGAAUCUAGGACCCACUUGUAGAAAAUAUUAUAUGUAAUGUGCAACAGAUGUGGGUUAAUGUCUAUAACACAUGCAUAUAAAGUAAAAUGAGGAAACUGGAGAGGAGGCUCAGUGGUUAAGAACAUGUACUCUCCAAAGACCAGAAGUUCAGCUCCCAGAACCCAUGUCAGGCCAUGCACAGCAUCCUGUAACUCCAGCUCCAGGACUCUACCCUGCACUCAAGUGCAUGUACACACACACACACACACACACACACACACACACAUCUUUUUUUUAAAAAAAAAAUAAAGCAAAAUGAAGCACACCUUUAUCAUUACUUCAGAUUAUUAAAAGAAGGUCAGAGGCAUGCAUGCAGUACCUGUACAGGCCAUAAAACAGCAUCAGAUCCUCGAGAAUUAGAGUUACAGACGAUUAUUACCUGGCUGUCAGCCACCAUGUGGGUGCUGGGAACUGAACCUAGGUCCUUUAGAAGAGCAGCCAGUGCUCUUAGCCCCUGAGCCAUCUCUGCAGCCCCACAACCUAUUAGUUGAUUGAAAUAAAUGUUUUGAAGUAUUAUUUUAAUAUGUGUUACAUUCAUUUAUGCUGUGUAAUGUUUGUUUAAUGAUAAAAAGAUGUGUUGCAUUCUUUUAUGUUGCAUUUGUUUAACUCUGUUAAGCUGUGUUACUUUGCCUGUCUAAAACACCUGAUUGGAACUGGGCGGUGGUGGCGCACGCCUUUAAUCCCAGCACUCAGGAGGCAGAGGCAGGCGGAUCUCUGUGAGUUUGAGGCCAGCCUGGACUACAGAGUGAGUUCCAGGAAAGGUGCAAAGCUACACAGAGAAACCCUGUCUCAAACCCCCCCAAAAAGAUACUACCUACUUUUGGGGUUGGGGAUUUAGCUCAGUGGUAGAGCACUUGCCUAGCAAGUGCAAGGCCCUGGGUUCGGUCCUCAGCUCUGGAAAGAAAAAAAAAAAACCUGAUUGGUCUAAUAAAGAGCUGAACAGCCAAUAGCUAGGCAGGAGAGAGAACUAGGUGGGGCUGGCAGGCAGAGAGAAUAAAUAGAAGAACAAAAAGAGGGAGGAGUGAGAAAAAAGGAAAGGAGGAGAGAAGGACUCCAGGGGCCAGCCACCCAACCACACAGCCAGCCAUGGAGUAAGAAGGGAAAAAGAUAUAUAGAAUCAAGAAAGUAAAAGCCCAGAGGCAAAAGGUAGAUGGGAUAAUUUAAGAAAAGCUGGCUAGAAACAAGCCAAGCUAAGGCUAGGCAUUCAUAAGGAAGAAUAAGUUUCUAUGUAUUUAUUUGGGAGCAGGGUGCCCACAAAGAGUAUAAAAAACAACUACAAAUAAGAGCAGUUUCUGGCUGGGCGGUGGUGGCACACACCUUUAAUCCCAGCACUCGGGAGGCAGAGCCAGGUGGAUCUCUGAGUUCGAGGCCAGCCUGCUCUACAGAGCGAGAUUCAGGACAGGCACCAAAACUACACAGAGAAACCCUGUCUCGAAAAACCAAAAAAAAAAAAAAAAAAAAAAAAGUAGUUUCUGAAGAGGAAGAAUUACUAUUACUAGAAAAGUUUCCUUUUCAUUUUGAACACCCACCUUGAGAAUGAUUUUAAAUAGUGUUCAUUUUGACGGUUCAUAUACCUUCUUGGAAGCUGUCUUCAAGGCAGUGUUUCUAGAACAUGUCUUUAUGGUACUGCACGGCUUAGAAGCUGUUGUGACUUUAUCUGCAGGACAAAGUUUACACUUCGGAGGUUGGAAUCAAGGUUCCUGAUACAGUCAAUCAACCGUAGUGAGUUCUGAUUACCAAGAGUAAAAAUUAACAUGACAUUCUUUUGUGAUAACAGUGUGGUUGUUAUUCUCAAAGACAAGUGGCAAAGAAUGCUGCAGUAUUUGAUAAUGCCAUUUGGUAACUUUUAUUCUGUCAGUACGGAGCCAACAGAUCAUUAAUGUAGCCACUAUUCCUAAGCCAGAACCUUGGGUAAUAACUUGCAAAGAAAGAGUGAAGUCCAAGGGGCCAAAAACUCUAAAGACAGCUGAGAGGUUGAGAGACAAGAAACACCGUUGAGCAAAGGUACUUUUCAAUACAUAAACAUAAGGCCAGCAAGAUGGUUCAGGGGCAAAGGUACCUGCUGCCAAGCUUAAUGAUCUGAGUUCAAUUCCUGGGACCCAUGUGGCAGGAGAGAACCAACUCCCAAGAGUUGUCCUCUGGUCUCCACACACACAUUGUGACACUUGUACACCCAUACACAAAAUCAGUCAAUAAAUAAAAUAUGAAAAACAAUUGAAAAUACUAAAGAAAAAAAAAACAUAAGGUCAACGGAGAGACUUGUGAACCUAAAAGUAAACAAGUUUUCAGAAUUGGCAGUGGUGGUGCGUGCCUUUAAUCCCAGCUCUUGGGAGGCAGAGGCAAGUGGAUCUGUAUGAGUUUGGGUCCAGUCUGUCUACAGAGUGAGUUUCAGGACAGCCAGAGCUACACACAGAAACCCCAUCUCAAAAAACUUUAAAAAAAAAUUUUUUUUUCAGAACUUAUAGGACAAUGGAAAUCUGUCUUAGUUACUUUUCUAUUGGUUGUAGUAUUAAGGCAACUCCACGUAGUUAAAAGGGAGGUUUAUUUUGUGGGGUAACUUACAAGUAAAGGGAUAGGUUACAGGGUCCGGGAAAGGUGUAGUGCAGUCCAGCAGUGUUCUCUGGAGAACUCUGCUCAGUCUACAUCCAGCGUCCAGGAUCCAGGAACCAAGAGAGCCAGCACAUCCAGAUUUCGGGUCUUAAGGGCUCCUGUCUCAGUCCUGACUUGUAGGCGUGACAGUUACCAGAAGCCUCAAUGGGGUAGUACUUCCAGGUCAAAGCUGGAACAGCUACCCACUACAUCUCCCACUUUUGUCUAAAUAAGAAAGUUCUAACUUAAUACAAAACUAUGUGCAAUAGGAAUGAUUAUCCAAUAUUGUCCAGGAGGAAUAAGGGAUAAUGACCUAGACAAGAUGGAACUACAACCAACACAAACAAUAUCAAACAAGAGAUACAUACAAAAAUCCUGAGAAGUCUGGAGCAUGGGUAGAUGGCACGUUACAGAGAUCAUUCCAAAAGGUGCCCUAUCCUGAAGAACCUGAAUAUGGUGAUAUUUUAUUUGUACUGAAAUGUGAUUUUAUUUGUAUGUUAAUAAAGUUGCCUGGGGGGUCAGAGCUAAUAGCAAGCCAUAGCAGAAGUUGGGCGGUGGUGGUGCACGCCUUUAAUCCCAGCACUUGGGAGGCAGAGCUAGUCGGAUCUCUGUGAGUUCAAGAAUACAGCCAGCAUGGAGACACACGCCUUUAAUCUCAAUACCAACCAUAGAAGACCUGGAGGUCUGUACAGACAGGCAGUGACGAGGAGGUCAUGUGGUUGGGUUUACAACCAAUGAGAAGGCAGAACAGAAAGUCAAUAAAAAGGACAAACACACAGGAAGUAGUUCUCUUGCAGAGAGGAGACACAGCAGCGGCAGUGAAGGGUAAGGUUUUUAGCUCUUAGCUAUUGCUCUGACCUCUUGGGCUUUUAACUCUG